AUGGUAUCUCGAAGUGAAAAUGAAAAAUAUUUUCAAGAUCCAAUAAAAAAAUAUCGAAAACAAUUUCCAUCUAUCAAUGAUUCAUCUUCGAAAUAUCUUUCCGUUAUUAUUCCUACUUAUGAAGAAGUUGAUCGAUUACCUGAUAUGAUGAAAGAUACAAUGAAUUAUUUAGAACAACGUCAGAUAUGUAUGACAUUCUAUAAUAAUGAUUUAAAAUAG